GAUUUGAGCCCAUUAUAAUUAGAGUACAUAAACCUCAAAACCCUAAACAAUUUACUCCUCCACUGCCGAAUCCGAACCGAACCCCUAGCUCUUCCGGCAGCAGCAACCACUGCGUCAUAAUUUUCAGAAUCCACUAGAACAAGAUGGUGAGAGUGAGUGUUCUUAAUGAUGCUCUGAAGAGCAUGUAUAAUGCUGAAAAGAGAGGGAAGCGUCAGGUCAUGAUCAGGCCUUCAUCCAAAGUCAUUAUCAAGUUUCUUAUUGUCAUGCAAAAGCAUGGAUACAUUGGAGAGUUUGAGUAUGUUGAUGACCACAGAUCUGGAAAGAUUGUGGUGGAACUGAAUGGUAGGUUAAACAAAUGUGGUGUUAUCAGCCCCCGCUUUGAUGUUGGUGUGAAAGAAAUUGAGCCCUGGACUGCAAGGUUGCUCCCAUCAAGACAGUUUGGCUACAUUGUGCUAACAACGUCUGCUGGAAUCAUGGAUCACGAAGAAGCUCGCAGAAAGAAUGUUGGCGGUAAAGUUCUUGGAUUUUUUUACUGAAUAUGAUUUUGGAUGUGAGCAACGAGCUGUAUUUUGGCCCUUUUUUUGUCUUCUCAUCAAUUAGAGUUUGAAUAUCCAAAGUAACAUCAUGGGGAGUCUCAUGUAGCAGAGUUGUUUCUAUUUUUAAAUUAUUUUUACCAUCGGAUAUUUGAAUUUUACUUUUUUUUUAAAUGUCAGUAACUCUUUUUAUUUUGCUGAACUAUAUGAAACACUUGUUGAACAGUUUUGAAAUGGCAGUAGUUCUUUUCAUUGGAGUA